ACCUAUUUUGCUAAUUAGCUCCACCCACACAAUAUGGAUUACCUAUGGAUAUGUGUCUUUUUGGUCCUUGGAACAACUUUCUGGGAAGCUCUCCUAUCCUGGAGGCAGCGUAAUGUGUACAAGACUGUUACUAAAGUCCCACAAGAGCUGGCCAGUGUAUUGGAUCAAGAGACGUUUGAUAAAUCCCGUCUUUAUCAGCUGGACCAAAGCACAUACUCUGCCAUAUACUCUGUGUAUAAAGUAUUGGAAUUCAUGGUUAUCAUAUUCAUUGGGGCUCUACCAUUAGUCUGGGAUCUCUCCAUCUAUACUUGUUCCUACUUUGGCUAUGGACCUGAUUAUGAGGUGUUACAGACCUAUGUCUUCAUCUUCAUUUGCUUAUUGUAUAGUUUCCUCUCAGACAAACCGUGGAAAGCGUAUCACACUUUUAUAAUUGAAGAGAAACAUGGCUUCAAUAAGCAGACUCUUGGGUUUUUCAUCAAGGACUCGUUCAAGUCUCUGGUCUUACAAUGUGCCCUCAUUCCUCCAGUCAUUGCUGGAAUAGUCUUCAUUGUUAAAUGGGGCGGAACCUAUUUCUUCCUUUACGCUGGAGGCUUUGUCUUUAUCAUCAUAGUGAUAUUAAUAAUGACAUACCAUGACUUCAUUGCUCCUUGCUUUGACAAGUACACUCCUCUGCCUGAUAGCGAGUUGAAGACAAAAAUUGAAGAGUUGGCUAGCAGCCUCAAGUUUCCCCUUAAAAAACUUUAUAUAGUUGAAGGCUCAAAAAGAUCAGCUCACAGCAAUGCUUAUUUCUAUGGUUUUGGAAGCAACAAGAGAAUAGUCUUAUAUGAUACACUCAUAGAGAAAGGGAUUCUACCAUCAGAAGAUGACAAAAAGAAAGAAGAAUCAGAGACUGAUGACAAAGAAGAAGAGGAAAAAGUGAAUGAAGAAGAGGAGAAAACAACUGGUUGCAAUAUUGAGGAGAUUCUAGCUGUCCUCUGUCAUGAGCUGGGGCAUUGGAACUUUAGUCACACUCUGAAACUCAUGGCCAUGAACCAAGUGAACAUAUUUCUCACCUUUGCGAUCUUUGGGUAUUUUCUCAACCAGCAAGACAUGUAUGAGAGUUUUGGUUUCUCUACCCGCCCAGUCAUCAUUGGGCUCAUUAUAGUCACAGAGAUGAUAUUCUCCCCAUACAACAUCCUCUAUGGAUUCCUAAUAGUACAACUCAUGCGUAGCUAUGAGUAUCAAGCUGAUGACUUUGCCACUAAGAUGAAGAGAGGAGGUCCACUCUCUAGUGCCCUCACUAAAUUAGUCAAGGAUAAUCUGAGCUUUCCUGUUGCUGAUCCACUGUAUGCUAAUUUUCAUCAUCAUCAUCCAACUUUCCUGGAGAGGAUCCGGACACUGAAGACUAAGAUUGAGUGAUUAACUCUGGCUAAACUACUAUAGCAUUGAUUGCAUACACAUUACAACCUAAGCCUAUAGUAUUAAUUACAUUUUUUUCAAUUUGAUAAAAAGUACAUAGUACAUGUAGGAUCAACUUGAA